CAACGUUUGUUCCAAUGUUCCAGCGGGGAUGGUUUAGCAGUUGCACAGCUGCUACCGCAUGACGUUCAACUGGACUGUGAAUAAAUGAAGAAUAAAAAUUAGAAGAAUGUCCGACGGGGUGAUGGACGYGGCGAUGGAAGAAACCACAGAAAGAGGAAGAGAUGUAGCUGCAAAAGGCGAAGCUACCAUCAAAGCAGAGUUUCUUACCACCAAAGAGAAGUUUCAUGGGUUUAUUGACUCAGAGUGGCGGGACUCUAAAGGGGAGAAGACCAGUGAUGAUAAUGUCACACCUGAAGAAAMAUCUGUGGAAGAACCCGAACCUAAAAAACUCAAGUUGGACUCUGAGGUGGAGAAGAAGGCAGACAAGAAAAGAUUUCGAGGACAGAAUAAGUCUAGACCCCACACAAAGCCCACCACUUAUGAAGAAAAGCGGCUGUGUCUGUCAGUUCUUCAGGACAGAGAAUGCACCUUUGGAGAAAAGUGCCGCUUUCUUCAUGACGUUGCAGAAUACAUGGCCUCUAAACCCGCUGACAUCGGGGAACGCUGCUACCUGUAUGACACGUUUGGAAAGUGUGACUACGGACUCACCUGCCGCUUCGCUAAGGCACAUAAUACACCCGACUUCAAAACCAUGGAGAAGGCAGACCUUGUGAAGGAGUACGAAGGCAGGAUUGUGGUGAAGAACAGCUUGAGCAAAGACCUGCAGUUUCGUCUGAGGAAGCGUUCGGUGACCUUCAACAAGUCAGAGGAGUACCUGAAAACACUUUCAAACGACAAAGAUAAAAAGAAACAGCACGGGAGAGGUGACGUUUGUGCUGCUGAACUUUCAACAGACCAAAAAGCAGAAAGCGAGCAUAUUCCUAAUGAAACACAGCUGCACACCAUCCCAGACACACCUCCUCCUGUGAAGACCUUAGGCCCUCUAACUGAUGCAGAUGUCAUCAAACUGCGCCCCUGYGAAAAGAAGCAGGUGGACUUCCACGACAAAAUCUACCUUGCUCCUUUAACAACAUGUGGAAACCUGCCUUUCCGUCGCGUGUGCAAACGCUUCGGCGUGGACAUCACCUGUGGGGAGAUGGCCAUGUGCACAAAUCUGCUGCAGGGGCAUCAGUCAGAGUGGGCUCUUCUCAAAAGACAUGAAAGCGAGGAUCUUUUUGGCGUGCAGGUGGAAGGAUGUUUCCCUGAUACCAUGACGAGGUGUGCAGAGCUCAUCAACAGCUACACUGAGGUUGAUUUCGUGGACAUCAACUCUGGAUGCCCCAUUGACAUUGUUUACAAAAAGGGAGGAGGCUGUGGCUUGAUGACGCGGACCAGAAAAUUUGAACAAAUAGUCAAAGGAAUGAAUUAUGUCCUUGAUGUGCCUUUAACAGUCAAGAUCCGAACUGGUGUUCAGGAGAAGUCCAACGUAGCGCAUAAACUCAUCCCAGAAAUGAAGAACUGGGGCGUCUCCAUGAUCACUUUGCAUGGCAGAUCCAAGGAGCAGCGCUACACAAAGUUAGCUGAUUGGGAUUAUAUCGAUACAUGUGCCAAGCUGGCGAGCCCGGUCCCAUUGUUUGGUAUUUAGAUUUAUAGGCUUCAAAAUUAAAUCAGGUUUUUAUGUUUAAUGUGUUUUGCUUUCUGCAGAGGAGCUCUCAUCAAGCCUUGGAUCUUCACUGAGAUAAAGGAGAGCAGACACUGGGACAUCUCGUCCAGCGAGCGACUGGAUAUCCUCAAAGAUUUCACCAACUUCGGCCUGGAGCACUGGGGCUCUGACACUCGAGGUGUGGAGAAAACCCGCAACUUCAUGCUGGAGUGGCUCUCUUUCAUGUGCAGAUACAUUCCUGUGGGCUUGUUGGAGCGAGUUCCUCAGAAGAUCAAUGAGAGACCUCCGUACUACAUGGGCAGGAACUACUUGGAGACCCUGAUGGCUAGUCAGAAUGUUGGAGACUGGAUCAGGAUCAGUGAAAUGCUGCUUGGUCCAGUGCCGAAGAAUUUCAACUUUUUACCUAAACAUAAAGCAAACGCCUACAAGUGAUUGUUUUAUUUAUUACUUCUUUUUUUUUUUUUUGCGUUUGUGACUUUUGAGAAGAAUCCAGGCUUUUAUGUGUCUGCUUUUUUUAAAUACAGUAUAUCUAUAGAAAACAAGCUCAAGCAAAGAAGAAACKUUGUUUUGUAAAUGAUAGUCUAAGAAAGAUUUGUUUGUGUUGCAGUGGAAUACUGAGGUGCCUAACUCAAAAGAUAAUGCAUAAAAUUGAUUUGCUYCAUAAAUA